CCCCGGGCCGGGACUCAGAGCGGAAAUUCCUGCGCGGGCUGGACGCAGCGGGCGGUGAUCCGCGCGGGCGGAGCUCGGCCAUGGAGCCUGUAGAGACUUGGACCCCCGGGAAGGUGGCAGCUUGGCUGAGAGGCCUCGAUGAAUCCCUGCAGGACUAUCCCUUUGAGAACUGGGAGCUACCUGGCAAGUACCUGCUCCAGCUCUGUCCCCGCAGUCUUGAGGCUCUGACUGUGUGGCCUCUGGGCCACCAGGAGCUCAUCCUGGAUGGAGUGGAACAGCUCCGGGCCCUGAGCUCUGGGUUACAGACAGAGAACCUGCAGAGUCUGACAGAGGGGCUGCUGGAGGGGACCCAUGCCUUCCAGAGCUUAGUCCAAGGUCGCCUGGGGGAUUGUGCUGAGGCCCCUGCUGAUGUCCUCAGUGCUGCUGUGGAGCUAGUGCGUGAUGCCCGUGCCCUCCUCUUCUGGCUUAACAGGUAUCUCUUCUCCCACAUAAACGACUUCUCGGCCUGCCAGGAGAUUGGGGAACUGUGCGGUGAGCUGGGCCAGGCCUUGCAGGAGGACUGGCCAGCAGCUGAGAAGGAGAGCACAGUCCUGAGAAUCUGUGGCCAGGUGGCCAGGAUCUGCCACACCAUCCUGAGCUGCUGCCCAGAGGAGCUGCUGCAGCAGAGAGCUGUGCUCGAGCAGGUGCAAUUGGAUGAUCCUUUGGGCCUAGACAUCCAGACCACCAACAACUGUCAGCACUUUGUGUCCCAAGUGGGCAGCCAGGUCCCCACUGAGUCCCGACUGCGGAUUCUGCCUGGAGACGAGAUUGUCCAGAUCAAUGCGCAGGUGGUGGUGGGCUGGCCCAGGAAAAACGUGGUGAGGGAGCUGCUUCGGGAGCCGGCCGGGGUGUGCUUAGUGCUGAAGAAGAUCCCCGUGCCGGAGAGCCCUCCAAAGACGCCCCCACAGGCCCUGGACUGUCCACAUCUGAAGAGCCAGUCACCAUCUUUGGCUCCCCUGUCUCCCAGUGCCCCAUCCAAAGACAUCUUUGCCUUCGACCUGACUUCAAACCCAAGUCCUGGGCCCAGCCCUGCCUGGACAGGCUCCACCACCCUUGACCCUGAUCUCCUGCCUAUCCCUUCUGUGCCCCCAGCUGCACCCCUAGGAGGGGUGGCAGAGACUCCUGAGAUUACAGAACCCCCAGGACUCCCUGACAAGAGUCCUGUCCUUGGUCGGAGGAAAUCAAAAGGCGUGGCAACACGGCUCAGCCGCCGGCGGGUGUCAUGCCGGCAACUGGGCCGACCGGACUGCGAUGGCUGGCUCCUGCUGCGCAAGGUACCUGGUGGCUUCAUGGGCCCACGCUGGCGCCGUUGCUGGUUUGUGCUCAAAGGACAUACACUCUACUGGUACCGCCAGCCCCAGGAUGAGAAGGCUGAGGGCCUCGUCAAUGUCUUCAACUAUAGUCUGGAAAGUGGACAUGAUCAGAAGAAAAAAUAUGUGUUCCAGCUCACCCAUGAUGUGUACAAACCCUUCAUCUUUGCUGCUGAUACCCUGACAGAUCUGAGCAUGUGGGUGCGCCAUCUCAUUACCUGCAUUUCCAAGUACCAGUCUCCAGGCCGGGCCCCCACUCCCCGAGAGGAAGACUGCUACAGUGAGACGGAGGCAGAAGACCCUGAUGAUGAGGCUGGGUCCCGCUCAGCCUCGCCCAGCCCAGCUCGAGCUUGGAGUCCACUCCAUGGCGACACAUCCCCUGCAACCACCCCCACACAGCGCAGCCCCUGGACCUCCUUUGGCUCUCCAACAGACAACAGUGAAGGGGAGCUGGAAGGAAUGGUAAGGGGCCUGAGGCAGGGUGGCGUUUCCCUCCUGGGCCAGCCACAGCCCCUGACUCAGGAACAGUGGAGGAGUUCUUUCAUGCGGCGCAACCGAGACCCCCGGCUCAAUGAGCGAGUGCACCGUGUGCGGGUGCUACAGAGCACACUGAAGGCAAAACUGCAGGAGCUUCAGGCCCUGGAGGAAGUGCUAGAUGACCCUGAGCUGACUGGAGAGAAGUUCCGACGGUGGAAGGAGCAGAACCAAGAGCUAUAUUCAGAGGGUCUGGGGGCCUGGGGAGUGGUCCAGGCUGAGGGAAGCUCCUGUGUCUUGACCUCUGACUCCAGAGCUCAAUCCCCCCAUCCCCUGCCCUCUGACCCCGAGGAGCACGCCCAUCUUUUCUCUGUGACCUCUGACCCUGGCCAGCAUCCUAGUGCCUGACCUUUGGCCCAAGAAACACCUAAACUCCUGCCUCUGAUAUGUCUAGGGUUGAGUGUCCCUGGAUUAUCCUGACGGCAGAAGCAGCACUAGUCCAUGGUCUUGCCUCUGCCUGGGCUCCCAUCACUCCCGCCCCUCUCCCCUCAGAGUGGGAUAAAGUGAGCUUUGUGCCGCCAUUUCCCCUUACCAAAGAAACUAUCCCACCCCAUCCUCAGAUCUAUGGGGCUCCCCUAGUUCUCCCGCAAAGUAUGUCUGUACAAAUGUUCUUUAUUUUACAUAAGGGGCACUUUCCAACCAAAUAAAAUCAGUUUC